UGGAAUGGUGGCUCUUUUUUGUUGAGUGGUUGGUUGUUUAUUGUUUGUAUAGGGUAAUUAUUGGUUGUGGCUACUUAGUUCCUGUCAUUUCCAGGUUUUUGUUGGCUGGAGUUAUUUCUGUUGAAGGGGUUAUCGUGCGAAGAAUUAGAUGCGGGGUUAUACCUAGAAAUGCGAAGGGAGUGACAUGUGACAUUUUAUGGAUGUGGUAACAUACGCGGGGAUGUGGCGUCGUCUACGCCUUCUGGGGCCUUUGUGCUGCAGUAGAUUGAAGGCUUGGAGCUCUGGCAGCCGGUGCAAGUGCUUUAUCGAAGUUAACCAUGUACUCUUGGCUGGAACCUCAGGGGCAGAGAGACCGUCUUUACUCACCAGAUUGCUCCCGGAGGCUGGCCGACCGAUUGCGAAGCCUGGAUCAGCUCGUCACAUCAUGAUAAGGGGUAUCUGUUCUGCUUGCCAGUUUGUCAGGUUUCUGUGGGGUUGUAUGGAGCUUUGUUUAGCUUGAAACUCUGAUUAAUAUUGUCGCGCCCCGGAGGAUGACUGGGCGGUUUGUCUGGCGCCUUCGUCUUCGGUGUGACUCGAGGGACGACCAGUUUUUGUGUGGGGCUGCCAGUUCCUGUGAGUCGGCCUGGUGGACGCUUGCACCGUCUCUUACAGGUGUGUGGGUUGGUUCCCAGAGGGGCAUCUAGGAUAAAGGAUGUGUUUUGAGUGGGGGAUGGUGGGUCCGAAGUGUCUACAGGACCGCUCUGUUCGAGGUCCACCAUUUGAGAUCCCUGGUUUGCGGGAGUGCCUGCGGGGCUGUUCAGGUCACAGCGGUCCCUCGCUAUUCGAGGGGGGAGCGUUUACAGGCCUGCUCCAUCAUUCGAUCCCUUGAUGUACCUGUCACCUGAUAGGAUGUGGCGCUUGGAGUUGUUUGUAGUUUUGUUCUUUUG